AUGGGGAGGCACAUAACGGCGAGCGCCGUGAAGGCCAAACCGCCCUUCAGUUGGCCAUACGUCUCGAAGGCAUGCCCCGAGGACAUGAAACGGGGGGCGUGGGAGCCGGGCCGCUUCCACCAGGUGCUGUCCCUGGGCACCGGCGCCAAGAGCAAGGUUGUGCUCGCACUCGACCGGGUCACGUCGGUGCAGGUGGCGCUCAAGAUCAUCAGCCGGAAGAGCCUGAGCCCCGCGGAGGUGUCCCAGCUGGAGCGCGAGAUCUGCAUCCACGGCAAGCUGUGCCACCCGAACAUCCUGGCCAUGUGGGCGGCGUUCUGCGACGACCAGAAGUUCUACAUCAUCACCGAGCUCGCCGACAGCGACCUCUACAAGCGGCUCCCGCGCAUGCCCGUGUCGGAGGUGGCGCUGGUGCGGCGCGUGGUGCACCCGCUGCUGUGCGCGCUGGAGCACUGCCACGCGAACGGCGUCAUCCACCGCGACCUGAAGCCGGAGAACAUAUUGUUCAACCAGAAGAACCAAUUGAAGCUGGCCGACUUCGGACUGGCCAUCGACGUGACGCACGACCGCCCGAUCACGCGCCUCGGGACGCUCGACUUCAUGGCGCCCGAGGUGCUCAUGUCGGGCCGCAAGACGAUCGAGGGCGUGCGCAACGAGGUGCAGGCCGUGGCGGGCAACGAGAUCCCGCGCGAGCAGCGCGCGGCGUACUCGUCCGCGGUGGACUCGUGGUCCGUCGGCGUCAUCGUGUACGAGCUCUUCGCGCGCGUCACGCCCUUCUACCGCCCCACGCGCGGCCAGACCAUCCAGGCCGUGUACGGCGCCUCCUUCUCCUUCCCCACCAAGGCGCACAAGGACGGCACCGACGUCUUCGGGGCCAACCUGCGCUCCUUCUGCCACGCCACGCUCUCGCGCGACCCCGCCCGGCGCGCCGACGUCAACACGCUGCUCGAGCACCCGCUGAUCACCGCGGUGUGCGGGCCGCCGCCGGCGGGGCCGCCGCAGCACGUCGCGUACGGCGCGCAGCCGCCCGCGGACGCGGACGUGGACGCCGCACGGGAGGCGCCGUUCGUCAAGGUGGCGCACCGCGGGUCCGUCGACACGGGGCAGGACCGCGUGGCGUCGGGGGCCAUGUCGGCCGCGCCCAACGUCGCGCUGCGGAUGCGGCAGUCGCUCGACGUGCGCGGGCUGGAGGCCGCCGCGAGCGCCCCGCGCGGGCACGCGUCGAGCUUCCUGCAGUCGCCCGUCGGGAAGGGCGCGCCCACGCGCCCGCCGGGCGCCCCCGAGGCGCAGCCGCGCGACAGCAGCAUGAGCGUGCUCUACGGGCUGUCGCGGCGGCGCAUGUCGGUGACGUCGGAGAACGAGGAGAACGACUCGCCGGAGAGCAGGCAGGCGGACUCCAGCCUGCUCGUCGCGGACCAGGGGCAGGUGCCGCCCGCCGCGGGGCGCGCCAGCAUGGGCGCCGCCACCAUGCGCGCGGCGCCGACCCCCACGGCCCCGCGGCCCGUCCCGCCGCAGCUCGGGGCGCCGGUCGACCACCAGGCGCGCGCGCGGUCCAUCCUCGCGGCCGGCAACAGCUCGUCGGCGCUGGGCGUCACCACCGCGCCCGGGCUCUACGACGGCAGCGCGCACAGCCGCGGCCGGUCGUCGGACCCGCACGACCAGGGCGCGAACACGCCGUCGGGCAAGCCCAAGGCGAGCGGGUCGGACAGCUCCGGCGACGACAAGAAGCGCAGCAUCGAGUGCUCGCGCGUGUCGGACAACGGCGGCGCGCUGCUCGACGAGCGCACCACGAUCAAGACCGACGACGCGACGCAGCUGGCCAAGCUCAGAGACGCCAACACGUCGCGGCUCCUGCACAUGAAGCUCCAGGCGGUCGCGGAGGAGAAGGGCUCGGACGGGCCCAGCGCGGCGGUGGCCGAGCCCCCGCCGCCGGCCAAGGCGCAGGACAGGGCCCCGCCGCGCCGGUCGGGGCUGCUCAGCCUAUUCGGCCUCUCGCGGCGGUCGUGA